AUGCCGCCAAAGCAAACCAUGCCGUUGUUCAAGCGCCGCGAAGGCUGCUCCAUCCGUGAGCGCUACGAAUUCAGAGACGUACUCGGCACCGGAGCCUUCUCUAAGGUGUUUUUGGCAGAAUGCAAGCAAGAGCCCGGCCAUAUGGUAGCUGUCAAGUGCAUUGACAAGAAGGCUUUGAAAGGCAAAGAAGAGUCGCUGGAGAACGAGAUCAAAGUGCUGCGAAAACUGCGGCAUCCCAACAUUGUACAACUUUACGACACUUACGAAGAAAAGCAAUAUGUCUACCUCGUCAUGGAGCUCGUCACAGGAGGCGAGCUAUUCGACAGAAUCGUUGCCAAGGGAUCCUACACGGAAAAAGAUGCUAGCCACCUAAUUCGACAGGUACUGCACGCAGUCGCAUUUAUGCAUGAAAAUGGAGUGGUGCACAGGGAUUUGAAACCCGAGAACCUCUUGUAUUUCAACCAGGACGAGGACUCGAAAAUAAUGGUUUCGGAUUUCGGUUUGUCAAAGACAGAAGAUUCUGGAGUGAUGGCGACAGCUUGCGGAACUCCAGGUUACGUAGCACCAGAAGUCCUACAGCAGAAGCCAUACGGUAAAGCAGUGGACGUUUGGUCAAUAGGCGUCAUUGCUUACAUACUGUUAUGCGGGUAUCCUCCGUUUUAUGACGAAAGUGAUGCGAAUCUUUUUGCUCAAAUCAUCAAGGGUGAAUACGAGUUUGAUGCUCCUUACUGGGAUCAAAUCUCAGAUUCUGCGAAAGACUUCAUAUCUCAUUUGAUGUGCUGCGAUCCGGAACAGCGUUACACUUGCGAGCAAGCUCUCGAGCAUCCAUGGCAAGUCGGAGAAAAUUUCUAUCAUCACCACAAACAUGAAAUGGUCCAGUCUGAUAUUAAAUCAUCUUUGUCGGUUGUGCAAUGGACGAUAUCUAUACAUGUCACAACUGCAUACUCUAUGUGGCAGAGUGCCCGACGUGGUCGGAAUUAUAAUGGAAAAAAUACAGUGCGAGGGAAACCCAUCAAAAGGGAACUUUACAUGCAUGAUAGAGAAACACAUGCAACUGCAACCCGGCUGAAGACGUUGUUACCAUAA